UGGCUUGUCGUCCACUUUCUUCCAACGUCUCUGAACCCAUCUUGUCUCUUCCCUAAACCCAAAACCUCAAAUCUGCCUCCGCUCCUCCUCCGCCGCCGCCGCCGCCGCUUCAAUUUCACUUCAAAAACUUAAUUCCCUCCCAUGUCCACUCCCGUCGACCAGCUCCAGCCCCCGCCGACCGCUCAUUCCGGCUACGGCUCCGUCGGUCCAGUCAUCGCCGUCCUCGCAGUCAUUUCCAUCCUCGGCGUCAUCGCCGGCAUUAUCGGCCGUCUCUGCUCCGGCCGCCCCGUCUUCGGCUACGGCGCCCACUACGACGUCGAGGAAUGGGUCGAGAAGAAAUGUGCUUCCUGCCUCGAUGGCUCCCUCGACCCUCCUCCGCCGCCGCCGCCGCAUCUCCGCCACCCUCCGCCGCUCGAUGCCGUUCCUGUAGUCGAACCCCUUGGUGGGCCGCCGGAAAUCAAGCAAGGCGCCGAUGACAAACGCGAGAAUUUGCAGUCGGCGGCUCCCGGAACCGGCGGUGGUAAGAAGCCCGACUUCACAUCAAGUUGAUAAAUAGGCUAUGAUUUUUGGGCUGCAAUAGAAAUUAUAAGCCUUAUAGUAUCUUGACGGGCCACUAGUGCAA